GCGGGGGCGGGCGGCGGUGCGCGCGCGCGGGAGGCGGCGGCGGCGGUGGCGGUGGCGGAGCGUCUCCCGCAUCCCGACGUGCUUCUCCCCGGCCGGACCGUGAGAGCGACCGACGCCCCGGCGCUGCCGUGACCCCCAAAGCUUUUUCCAACCGCCGCGCGGAGCGGCGGGAGGAGCUCGUCUGACAUGAAAACGAUGACGGGAUCAAACGAGUUCAAACUAAACCAAACUCCAGAUGAUGGUAUUUCAUCGGUGAAGUUCAGUCCAAAUACAUCUCAGUUUCUGCUUGUUUCCUCCUGGGACACAACUGUUCGGCUCUAUGAUGUGCCUGCCAACACCAUGAGACUCAAAUAUCAGCAUUCAGGAGCUGUCCUGGACUGUGCUUUUUAUGAUCCUACCCAUGCCUGGAGUGGAGGGCUGGAUCAGCAACUGAAAAUGCACGAUUUAAACACGGACCAAGAAAACCUUGUUGGUGCCCAUGAUGCUCCCAUCAGGUGUGUUGAAUAUUGCCCAGAAGUGAAUGUCAUGGUGACUGGAAGCUGGGAUCAGACAGUUAAACUGUGGGAUCCCAGAACUCCUUGUAAUGCAGGAACCUUCUCUCAACCUGAAAAGGUGUACACCCUGUCUGUGUCCGGGGACAGGCUGAUCGUGGGGACGGCGGGUCGGAGGGUGCUGGUGUGGGAUUUACGGAACAUGGGAUACGUUCAGCAGCGCAGGGAAUCCAGCCUCAAAUACCAGACCCGCUGCAUCAGAGCAUUUCCCAACAAACAGGGUUAUGUUUUAAGUUCUAUCGAAGGUCGCGUUGCCGUGGAAUAUUUGGAUCCAAGUCCAGAAAUCCAGAAGAAGAAAUAUGCCUUCAAAUGCCACCGUUUGAAGGAAAACAACAUUGAGCAGAUUUACCCAGUUAAUGCCAUUUCUUUCCAUAAUGUCCACAACACCUUUGCUACAGGAGGUUCCGAUGGCUUCGUGAAUAUUUGGGAUCCCUUCAAUAAGAAGAGGCUGUGCCAGUUCCAUCGGUAUCCCACCAGCAUUGCAUCCCUGGCCUUCAGCAAUGAUGGAACUACCCUGGCAAUAGCUUCUUCCUACAUGUACGAGAUGGAUGACAUCGAGCACCCCGAAGAUGGGAUCUAUAUUCGCCAAGUGACAGACGCAGAAACAAAACCCAAGUCUACUUAGACUCCUGGUGAUACUUCUCCUCAGAGAUGCCCACCUGCUCCUAACAAGGCUAAACUAAAACAGCAGAAGUGAGAAGAACAAUCUUUGUACUCAUGUUGUUUUCCAACUAAGAAAUAUUUGUUUGUUACUGUAGUUUGUUUUCAUCUGUCAUUACUUGCCUGCUUAUAAUGUUAGUGAAACUGUUUUCUUUGUCUGCUGUCUGGAGCUGAAUUAGUUCAGUCCUGUAAGCAACCUUUGUAAAAACUUACAACUUUUUGUAGUAUCUGAUUAUGAAAACUUUCACUGCUUUGAUAUUUGUUCAAUAAAUAUCCAUGGGUUUUGGAAAGCAAGUACUUUGUGUAACAGCCUUUACUGAUUGUGAAACAAAUAUUGACACCAAAACCUUAAAUUGCAGGAGUUCUUGAUUGAAAAUUUUCAGAAAAUUUCUGAACCUUUUGUCUUUUCCAAUGAGAUGAACUGGGAAUUUCUUCAUUCUCUGGGGACCUAGGUAAUAUUUUCUAAGAACCUAAAACUGUAUUAGGUGGGCUUGUUUAUGUCAGCUGGAUUUUUGAUACUGGAAAAUCCUUCACUGUUUCUGGUGGAAAGAAUUUGAACACAUGGUUCUCUGUUUGUUUUUUUUUUUUUUUUUUCCCCCACAUCCUGCAUAAAAGCCUAAAAUUAAUGCUAUUUAGGAAGGACUGGGGAUAGAAGGGAGCAAAUGUAGUGUUUCUGAGUGGUCUGUUCCAAGUUUUUAGACUGACCUGGUAGCCUGAGGUUUAUGGAGUAACAUAAGGGGAAAUGUCAUUCUGGCUACACAAUACCAUGAAAAUAAAAAUAUACUGUUUCUCU